AUGGGUAGCGGAUAUGCAGGAGGUACCUUUAGUGGCAGUGCCAUCAUUGCUCAUAUACUUGCUUUAACCCAGAACUUUACAACAGUUUUCCCUCGUCAUGCCUCCUCCCUUACUUGUCUCUCUCCUCUGACCCACCUCCCCCAAAUUAUUCUUGUUGCACAGCUCACUUUAUUUAAAAAUUUUAGCGUCUCCUUUUCUGGUCCAGGCCUAGAUGAAAUAAGUGAGAACUCCCUCUCUUUAGAAAGCCGGGCCUAUCUCUUUCUCACCUCUCUCCCCAAUAUUUUACCUCAAUAUUCACCUACCUUUCAAGUCUCCAGCAGGUGUCUGGAUCUACCUAGUAGUUUAAAACCAGCGCCCAAAGCUGGAGUUUUUAAUUUUUACUCUCUCUGGCUUGCUGUGACUGGCAAUAUCUCCUCUCUGACUCCUUGUGUGGGUCACAAUACUAUAUUCUUAGUUGCUUUAGCUCCCCAAAAAUAUCAAGUGCUGCCUCAAUUGAAAAUAUUUAUAUUUUAUUUAAAAUUAGCUUUUGUUCUUAGACUCUCUAGAUCGUGA